AUGCUUGUGGGUUUCAACGUCUCUAUUAGCGACAUGGGUAGCGAUGUUGUCGCAACGAUAUUUGAAACCAGGCCCACUAUCUUCUAUCGGCGCCUCUUUCUCAUCGGAACUCUGUGCGUUGUUCUCCCGCUCUGCCUUCUUCGCCGUAUAGAGCUCAUCAGCUGGGCUAGUUCAAUAGCCGUUCUAAUAUACGUGCUCUUCCUGACGCAUGUGGUUUUUGCCUGUGGUCUUCCCAAACUCUUCUACGGAAAUCCGUUGAGUCAUGUGCGCUGGUGGCGCAUAGAGGGUCUAGUUCACUGCCUCCCCGUGGUCGCCAGUUCGCUCUGUUUCCAGGUGCUUCAGUUGACAGUCACGAACAACGUCAACCGCGCCCCCUCCCUUCCACAGACUGAGCAUGACAAGGGCGACUUGCUCUCGCAUGAGUUUCAAGCGGGCCAAACAUGCACAGCACUUAGCUCACUCUUUUGUCAGGGCUACUGGUGGCGAGUUUGGACGCAGAAGCUGAGCAAGCUAAUCAUUCCUAUUGCCUCGGACAUGACAUAA